AUGACUGCACGUUUGGUGCGGUGGCUGGGCAACUGGCUGCCGCGCAACGUGUCGUGGGUCAAUUCUAAGGGUGUAGUAGAGAUACUGAGCCCAGCUGAUCAUGAUAUCAGGACUCUACAACAUAUACCAUUAAAAGACACUUGGUCAGCUAGCUUUCAUCGUGAUGGUCACCGUAACAUUGCUAUUGGUACUAAAAGUGGAAAUGUAAUGAUAUGGGACACUAAGAACAAAAAUAUAACUAAAACAUUCCCAACUCCUUGCCAACAGUCAUGUGUCAACUUUGUCAGUUACAAUGCCAAGAACACUAGUCUGGCUGCAUCUAUGCAGAAUGGAGAUACAGUUAUCUAUGGCCUUGUUUCUAACAUUCCUGUGCUAACAGUGAAGCUUUCCUGCUCUAAAAGUAUCACUGCAAUGAAGUUUCAUCAUGAGUGCCGAUCUUUACUUGGUCUCGCCACUGACGAAGGCCAUAUUGUAAUACGUGAUAUCACCACAAAUAAAGACAAGGCCUUCUUUGAAAAUGUCCAUGCAUCGCCAGUCAGUGAUAUUGCAUACUCUCUCAUAAAUAAAGAUGUGAUGCUCUCUACUGGGUAUGACAAAAUAAUGCAUGUCUAUGAUGUUCGAUUGCAGAAUGUAGUUUCAACAAUAAGAACCUCAUACACUUUGACUUCUUUAGCAAUUAAUUCUGAAAAUCAGGUAGCUCUUGGUACUAAAAAUGGCCUGGUGCUAAUGUAUGAUCUCAGGGAUCUUACUGCACCCUCUAAGGUAUUAAAAGGCCAUGAAGAAGAGGUCCACAAAGUGGCAUUUCAACCAAUGCGACGUAAGAUGAUAUCAGCUGAUAUUAGUCUUCGUGAAGAAAUAGAGAUCCAUAAUAGUCAGUCACCACGUAAAAAUUCUUCCCCUGUCCGCCAUCAUAGAACUUCAGAUAUGUUUUUUGUUUCGGAUUCCCCACCUAGAAUUAAUAAUCUUGAUAUUUCUCCACAAGGAGGUGAUGCUAAAGCAGAUUCGUUCCUUGUUAUGAUGGGCCUCGAUAAAUCUAAUGAUUUUGAAGAAGAGGCCAAUAAAUCUACAGAAUUUGAGAGAAGGAGUGACAGGCAUGAUAUUAGAUACCGUCAAUUAGAUGCAGAAAAAAAUAUCAGUAAAGUAUCAACUCCUAUAAAUAGUCGUACUACUGAAAAUUUGGGUUUUUCUUCACCUGUGAUAACAAAUGGUGUUGCUGAUGAUGAAAGAGUUUCUAAUGUUAAUUUGUCACUCUUGAAGCCAUCAAACUCAACCCAAGCUUUGGCUGUGGAGUCAAAGGCUGUUGAUGAUCUAAAAGACUUCAUCAAACUAACUCUAGGGGAUGUUGCUGACGACAACAGGAACUAUUUCCUUCACAUUAUGAUGGCUUUGACUAAGCAGAAAUUGUAUUUGGAGAAGCAACUGUCUGGCAUGAGUGAACAAUUACAGAAUAUGAUGCAUAUUCAAAAUGCUUUAGUUGAAACAAAUAGAAAACUUGCCUUUGAAAUUGAUCAGCUGAAAGCUAGGCAGAGUUAUUUAUAA